AUGGCUACACCAUCAAAUCGCCGCAUCCAGAUUCUGCUCUCCGUCGACUUCGAUGCCGUCUCCGGCUUUCUCGGAACAGGAGCAUCCCCCACCAACGGCCUGUCGGACUUCAGCAGCGGUUAUUUCGCGGCGCAAGUGGGCGUUCCCCGCCUGCUCCGCCUAUUCCAGAAGCAUGGAAUCUCAUCCUCAGUAACAUGGUUUGUGCCGGGACACUCGAUGGAAUCCUUCCCCAAGGAGACGCAGGCAAUUGUUGACUCGGGCGCUGAGAUCGGAUGCCACGGAUAUGCGCACGAGGGCGCCCCGCAGCUCUCUGAGCAACAAGAGAAGGAUGUCAUUGAGAAAUGUGUUCAACUUGCGACAGAUUUAACGGGGAAGAGGCCGCUCGGUUGGAGGGCACCGCUGUAUCAGCUGAGGGAGCAUACGGUCAAGGUUCUUGAGGAACAGGGGUUUCUAUACGACACAUCUCUCACACACCAUGAUUCUGCGCCAUACUUCCUCCUUUCCAGAACUACGCCCAAGCCGAUUGACUUCUCGCCAUCCGUCCCGGCCUCCUCCUGGAUGCACCCACUGCCACCACCAGCACCGCGAACAGCGAGCACGUUAGUCGAGAUUCCAUGUAACUGGUACAUGGAGGACAUGACACCCAUGCAAUUCAUCCCGGCUGCGACAAACUCACACGGCUUCGUCAGUCCCGAGACGAUCGAGCAGAACUGGAAGGCCCGGUUCGAGUAUCUCUACCAUGAGACUAUUGAUGGCGCGAAGCAGGAUUUUGUAUUUCCGCUCGUUCUUCAUCCCGAUACGAGUGGGAUGGCACAUGUUAUUGGCAUGAUUGAUCGUGUUAUUGAGUGGUUGAACAAGUGGGAUGGGGUGGAGUUUUCUACGUAUGGUGACUGUGCGAAGGAGUGGAAGGGGAGGCAGUAA